GAAGCAACCACAAACCCUUCCUCUUCGAUAAUUUCUAUCUCAUUUUGCCGGAAUCAAAACAACGAACUAAGCAUUUUUUUUCCUUAUAUCCUCUCUGUCACAGGAAGAAUUCAUGGCAGAGGCCUCAAAAGGAAAUUCUACUACUGGAGCCCAUGAAGCAGCAGGAAAUUCUACUACUGUUGACCGCAAAAGGAAAAGGUCUGCUUCACCAGCUGGAAGAACUGAAGACAUAUUACCACUACUGAAGAAGUUGGCAUCACCAGUGUUUGAUUCUCUCCCUACAAACACAGAAGUCAUAUUAACGGAUUUAGUGGGCUCUUCGAUCAUCACAGCUGAAGUUAAGAAAAAUGUGAAGGAUGAGUGGGAAUGGGAAGACAUUAUUGCAGAAGAGUACAAGGAGCUCAAUUUGAAAGAAGAUGAGGAUAAGAACACUGAUAUUGAAUCCACAAGAAAACAGAUUGAAGAGCUGUCUAUUGAACCAGAAAAUCAAUCUGAGAGUCCAAUGAUGGAAGUGGAUGAAAUCGAAGAUGACUAUUGAACCACUAAGAUUAUCAUGCGUAUUUAUUAGACUUUCAAAUGUUAGAUAAUUAGUAUAUGUUGUUUAUCUAAUUAGAUAAUUAGCAUUUGUUAUUUAUUUAAUUAGAUCAUUUGUAUUUGUUGUUUAUUUAAUUAAGCCUUAGUAGAUUAAAAACUAUGAGGUGUAAAAUGUUUAUUCAGCUGAUAAAUACUCCUUGAACCUUUAUUCAGCUUGUAAAAUGUUUAGCAGUUUUUCAUGUAAAUACAAUUAAAAUAAUCCAGAAUUAAUUGUUUAUUUUUUGCUUGAUAUUUUGAGCACUGCUGUAAGGUGAAGUAUUGUUUAAAUAGGGCAAUGCUUGAACUUGAUCAGAUUCUUCGGGCAAAUGAAAUCAAUUUUGCGAUUCUAGCUGCUUUGCCUGCAUUCUUGCUAUCUCUUAUUCUGAUCAUGUCAGUCUGUAUAUCCCAUGCUGAAGAAAUGCUUAAUGCCCCGAAGUGAUCUGAGAAGAAAACUUCUCUUUACAUGGUGUUUCUCCUUGCCUCUAAGCACAAAAUAAUAAUAGGAACCACAACUCUGUUCUUGUUUCUUUUAGCAGCCACACAAUUUCAACACUUUUGCAUCGACUGUUGAUCAUCAUCUGUAAAUAUACCCAAUAUUGGUGU